AUGUCUGGAAAGGAGACUACAAAUUCUGGUGAAACCGAAAAUCUUUGCGUCGUUUGUUUCAAGAAUGUGGACGUUUAUUCCAUAGGGUCCUGCGAUCAUGCUGUCUGUUUUGAGUGCUCCACCAGAAUGAGGGUCCUCUGUAAGCAAAAUGAGUGCCCCAUUUGUAGACAGCUCAUGCCUAAAGUGGUAUUUACCAAAACAGUCGAACCGUUUUCAUCUUUGUUAUCUAAAUUCGAGCGGUCGAAUCUUCAAGAUCGCAGAUUCGGCAUACUCUUCUGUACUUCAGAUGUCCAAAAAGCAUAUCAUAGAUUGUUAGAGCAUCGAUGCUCGUUAUGUGAAGAUACCGAAAGAAAAUGGCCUUUUAAAACCUUCCAACAGUUGAAAGAUCACAUGCGAAGGGAACAUGAACUGUUCUAUUGCGACAUUUGUACUGAAAACCUCAAAAUUUUCAGCUUCGAAAAGCGCUGUUACAAUCGCCAAGAGCUGGGGCUUCACAGAAGAAAAGGAGAUCCGGAUAAUACGUCCCACAGGGGGCACCCAUUAUGUGAAUUUUGCGACGAGAGGUUCAUGGACAGCGAGGAAUUGUUCAGACAUCUUCGACGGAUCCAUUUAUUCUGUCAUUUUUGCGAUGCUGAUGGUAAACAUCAGUUUUACAACAACAUGGAUGAUCUAGUACGUCAUUUUAGAGAAGAACACUAUCUUUGCGAAGAGGGAGAGUGUAAAGGAAUGCCCCUCACAGCUGUUUUUAGAACAGAUAUUGAUUGUAAAGCUCACAAGGCUACGGAACAUAGUAGAUUCAUGAGUAAAUCUGGAGCUAAACAGGCAAGAACUCUAGAAUUAGAAUUUACAUUAACACCGAGACCUAGACCCGGCCAGGAAACGAGAAUUAAGAAAUAUAACGAUAGGAGCCAUAGGCUACAAGAAGGUUCUUCUGUAAACACGUAUAACAUGGAACCUGGUGGACCAGGCGGAGGCGCGGAAGAAGAACGGGGAAGAGUAUUCGUUAACCCUUUAACACCGAACGAUUUUCCUGCCUUGGGUGGUGGUUCAAGCAAUGUCACUCUACAGGCGAGACCUGCAUCUGUGAAUUUCACAUCAAAAGUUAACUCAAACUUCACAAACGAAGAUUUUCCUACAUUAGGAGCUGUCCAGCCUAGUAACACGGGUACAAAAUCAUCAACAUCAGGGGUCACCAUCACGACAAAUUCUUCUGUUAGAAAUAGCAGAGCUCCGGAAGUGACAAUAAGAACAGUGCGAGGACAAAAAGGCCUGGCGAAUACAUUGGAGAAUUUUCCGGCUUUGGGUGGUGCUGGCGGCAAUUCUGGCGCUAGUAGUACAGUUAGAUUGAGCGUAAACAAUGCCCAAGAUUCUAGUACACCGAAAGUAUCCAUUCAAGUGAAUCACCGCCCCAACGGCAGCAUAACCACUCAUAUUACCACAAGUGCCUCAUCUUCGUUGCAACAACGCUCCUCCGAAGCUUUCCCGGCACUCGGAGCCGUGACUACCAUGGUUCAGCCCAAGUGGGUACCCGCAAAGCAAAAGAAAGAACCGAAGACUACAAAAGUGGCGCCAGCACCUCAAUUACCUCCGAGCUCGCUGGAGCAGUUUCCGACUCUCAAUAAGAAGAAGAAUUCUGUAUCUAUUCCUGUAUCCAGCAACUGGGUUAACCUCAAUAAUAUUGUUAGUGCAAAUUCUAAAAAUAAUUCUAGUAAUAAUAAUUCAAAGACUUGUAGCGAUAACUCAAAAAAUAGUGGUGAUACUAGUAGUAAGAAGGUCGAUAGUAGGCCAACCAGUUCGAGGCCAAAAAGUCAUGUCGAGUGCAAGCUGAAUGACUUGAAAAUCAGCGACGACUCGAAAAAUAAAAACAAGAAGAAGAAAGGCAAGUUGACUGAGGUAGAGACCAACAAAGUUGAAGAAACUAACAACAUCAAUAAUAAUGACGAGCCUAACAUGAACGGUUUGAUUAAAAAACGUUCGGAACUUAAAAUCGGAACUUUAACAACACCAACAGAGUCCUCUGUAAUAAUUAACCGUGUAGAGAAUACUAAACCUCCUCCAGGCUUUUCUGUGAAACCCCCUCCAGGUUUAAACCCCUCUUCUUUUCCCGCUCUAGGAGCUAGCGACUUCACCUUUACCUCUAGUAGUGGCCAAAGCUACUCCAUAAUGCCUGUUAAUAGCUACAUACAACCGGCUAAUUUCCAAACCAGAAACCAAGACCUUAUAAAACGUUUCAUGAAUAUUUUGGAUAACGAUAGCAUCAAGGAAUUCAAAACCUACUCAGAUUUAUUCAGAAACGGAGCGUAUCCUACUAACAAAUAUUAUGAACAUUGCAAAGAAGUUCUUAGAGAUCAGUUUGACGACGUAUUUCCCGAAUUGUUGGUCCUCCUACCGGACUUGGAGAAACAACAAGAACUGUAUAAGGCGUACGAUGGUAAAAGCAAAAAGCAUCUGCUAGUUUGUGAGAACUGCAAGCAAGUUAUUUUCAAGAGGGAGUUGACGGAACAUUAUAACAGUCAUAUUUUAGAAAAUCAGUUUCCUACUUUAGGAAAAGCUCAACAAAUAAACAAUCUUUGGAGAAAGUAA